AUGUACCACGUGAUCCGGACCGGAAAGCGUGAACAGCAUUAUAGAAAAUAUAGAAAAUCGAACUAAUUUCCUUACUUAGGCUUCUUGCUGUUACAUUCACAGAGGCUUCAGUUUUUAAAUUAUAAAAAACAAAAGAAAUCUUAAAUUUAUAUAACGCUUAGAGAUGGAGAGAGAAGUUGGUCGAGAUUCAGAUGUUUCGAAGGAACCGGUCUUAGAUAAAUUUUUAAGUUCUGACUCCGUAAAUAUACAUAAAGGUGUAGUUAAAGUUAAAGUUGAAUAUCUUUCACAGUCUGAGUUCUCUCCUGAAGAAUGUGUAUAUCUUAGUGAGCGACUACGCGGUCAAAAUAAAAAGAGGGUCGGAUUCACCAAGAUUGCUAAAAACGAACAACUUUGCAACUCUGUUUCGAGAGGAAAAACCUGCACGCUUCCCGCUUGCAAGUUUGAACACAGCAUUGAAAGAUUCUUCGCGGAGAAGCCAGAAGACCUCGAGGGCCUAUGCCCCAGCAUUGGCCUAUACGGGAAUUGCCCGUUUGGCCUUUCAUGCAGGUUUUAUUCUUCUCAUUCUGAGAAUGAAACAUUAAUAGAAGAAAAAAAAGGUUUUUCUGUGAAACCGCCUGACGUUAAAAAUUUGAUUACCUUUGAAGUUCAAAGUUUGCUUCGAACGCGUCGUUACAAUUUUGAAAGUUCUGCUAAAAUACUUCAAGCGAUAAAAAAAGGAAAUUUAAAAAGAGGGUUUUAGUGAAAGCGGAGUUCUUGAGGAAUGCAAGGAGGAAGCCUUCAACGGUGAUUGGUUAAAAGAAAGAUUAAAUAACUCUGCGGAUGUUUUUCAGCCUUUAAGAAAUUCAGAAAAAAAGAAGAUUGACAUUUCUGGGAAAACUUUUUUGGCGCCAUUGACAACUGUUGGGAAUUUGCCGUUUAGAAGAAUUUGUAAAAGCUAGAAAUAAAAAACCCGGACAACUUCUAGAAUAGUG